AUGAGAUCCUGGGUUCCAUUCCAUGUGGUGAGGGAUUAUCAUCAUAUGAACCUUGUUAAAAAGAGAAAAACUCAAAAGUCAAAACCCGCAGACUCCAAAUGGCUCCAGAGGCCCAGCCCACCAAAUCAGUAUUUUGAAAGCCCGCCUAUUACAAUAGGUCCAAGUCCACCUAGUCCAAGUGUUGAAACUUUAGACGCCUCGUCGCCUCCUAGUCCAACUCUUCCCAGCCCCCCAAGCCCAAGUAUUGAAAAGCCACCUAGUCUAACUGUUCCCAGCCCACCAAGUCCAAGAGUUAAAAGCCCACCUAGUCCAAGAGCUAUUAGCCCACCAAGUCCAAGCGUUAAAACCCCACCACCUAGUCCAAAUGCUCCAAGCAGUUCACCACCAGGUUCACCACGACCAACACAACCAAGCGGUCCAAGCCCACCCCAUAACAGUAGUGCACUGGUGCUUCCUUUUCCUUCCCUCCCCGGGCUCCCUCCUCCUCAUUGGGCUUGUUUGCUCUCGGAUUUUGGGUUGCUCACUGUUUUGGUUACUAGAAACAAGUGUCUCUUGUUAUUCAUGAACCCAGGGUUUAUUAGAGGAGAAGACAUACUUCAAAGUCAUACUACUGAAAAUAAGUAUCAUAAAGUUCAGACCAACAUUGUCAUCCAUUUCAAUAUGAGAAAAGAACGAGAAUAUAAUUUGUGUUUGUGUAAACAAUCUAUGCAACAGACUAUUUCAGUUCCCUUCCAAGCUGGAAAAAUAAAAAGGAAUAACCUACUUCCUGACAAGAAACCAGCUGAACUUCAAAAUAGGAACAACACGCUCUAUGCUUUUAGUGGCACAGAAAAUCACUUUGCAGCCACAAGGUCAUCUUAG